GAGGUCAAACUCGUAGUUACACACCCCUCUCCAAGCUGUCCAUCAUGAAAAACAAUAAAAGAAAGAAGAGCAAAAUCUCAGAGGAACAACCAGAAGCACAACCAGUCGCCAAAAUCCCCAAAUCGAGCAAGGCGGAGAUGGAGGCGGCGUCGUCAGCCGAGGAGCAGCAGCAGAGCACGGUGGCUCUGUUUAUGGAGAUCGCCGCCGGACAGACCGACGAGACCGCGCGGCGGUUUUUGCAGGCUACGGGUUGGAAUCUUGAGGAAGCACUGCAGCUUUUUUAUGUGGGUAAUGAAGCGGGGCCGGUUGCUCAGCCGCAGCCGCAGCCGCCGACUGGAAAUGCUAGUAAUUUGGCUGAACAGAGUUCUGGUGUGAAUGAGAAUGUGGCACAAUACGUUGAGGAUGAAGUGCGUGCGCCAAUGCCUGUUAUAAGGGACGUCCUGUAUGAUGAUGUUGCUCUCUAUCAAGCUGGGUUGCUUGCAUCUACAUCUCCAAUGACAAGACUUCCAGUAAAUGAAUCGGGAGUAAUUGCAUUCCGUAAUUUUAAUGAGGAAUUGAAACAUCCUGGGGUGUGGGAAUCUAAUGAAGGUGCUACAUCCACAACAGACAGUUCUCGAGAUAAUCUCGCUUCCUUGUAUCGGCCUCCCUUUAAGCUAAUGUUCCAGGGUUCGUUUGAAAAGGCAAAGAGUGCUGCAUCCGUCCAGGACAAAUGGCUCAUGGUGAACUUGCAAUCCAAUUCAGAGUUCAGCUCCCAUAUGCUCAAUCGAGACACCUGGGCUAAUGAAGCUAUUUCUCAGACCAUUAUCACUAAUUUUAUCUUCUGGCAGACAUAUGAUGAUACAACUGAAGGCAAGAAGGUUUGUACAUACUACAAAUUGGAAUCUAUGCCUGUUGUUCUCAUACUUGACCCCAUCACUGGGCAGAAAAUGCGUUCAUGGAAUGGAAUGGUUCACCCGGAACGUUUGCUAGAGGAUCUUUUACUCUUCAUGGAUAGUGGUCCCAGGGAUCAUCAUUUAGCUUUAUCUAACAAGCGGCCAAGAGAAAGUUCUCUGCCUCAACCACAGAACACAAAUGUGGUUGCAGAACAAACUAAUGAAGAAGAUGAGGAAGUGCAACGUGCAUUAGCAGCUUCAAUGGGAAGCAUGAAGGAGACAAGUGGAACCAUUUCAAAAGACGAAGGAGAAAUCAUUACUGACAAGGAAGAAGAAACAUCCUUACCCAAGAAGCCUACGUAUCCACCUUUGCCUGAAGAACCCAGUGGUGAUAAGAGCCGCAUUUGCAGAGUUGGAGUCCGUCUUCCAGAUGGGCGCAGGGCCCAGCGCAAUUUCUUACGGGUUGAUCCUAUUCAGCUUUUGUGGUCAUUCUGCUAUUCACAGUUGAAGGAAGCUGAGACAAGGCCCAUUCGAUUGACACAUGCAGUCCCCGGAGCUACAAAGUGUCUGGAUUAUGAUUGUGAAUCUACAUUUGAAGAGUCGGGUCUCCCCAACACCAUGGUCUCAGUUACUUGGGAGUGAAGCCAGUUAAAUUCAUGGUCUUGGACUGUUAGGAUUGUGCAUGAAGAUUUUCUGUCUGUCCUCUUGUUUAUACUUAACUUGGAGACACAGAGUUUGGAGUGUACUCUUUAUUUUGUAUAUACUCAUGCUGAUGCAAAGGAAAAUGCGCAUGAAUCGACACAGUUUAUUUACUUAGUCACGUAUUUACCCUUAAGUUAUGCCAAAAGACUUUGAUU